GUGAACGUCCUUAGAAGAGUAAGAGACUUGGAAAGCUAUAUUCUAGAGAAAUUUUCCCAGUUUCUGUUGCACAGAACAAUGCUCAAAUUUCAAGAAACUGCGAAGCAGGUCACUGUUGCCAGAUCUAAUUCUUCUUGCUCGGAUGCUCUGUUUGCAAGGAGAUACACCAUUCAGAGGAAACUUGGCAAUGGAAGCUUUGGAAGUGUUUAUCUGGUUUCUGACAAGAAAGCAAAACCAGAAGGAGAAUUCAAGGUUCUAAAGGAAAUCUCGGUUGGAAAUCUAAAGCCAAAUGAAACAGUUGGAGCAAAUCUAGAGGCACAACUGCUCUCCAAAUUAGACCAUCCAGCCAUUGUCAAAUUUUAUGCAAGUUUUGUGGAGCGAGAUAGUUUCUGCAUUAUCACUGAAUACUGUGAGGGUGGUGAUCUGGACUUUAAAAUACAAGAGUAUAAAGAAUCUGGGAAAAUAUUCACUCAGAAACAAAUAAUGGAAUGGUUUAUACAGCUGUUACUUGGAGUCAACUAUAUGCAUGAAAGGCGAAUACUUCACAGAGAUUUGAAAGCAAAGAAUAUAUUUUUGAAAAAUAAUUUUCUUAAAAUUGGGGACUUUGGAGUUUCCUGUCUCUUGAUGGGUUCAUGUGACCUUGCGACUACAUUUACUGGGACACCAUACUACAUGAGCCCAGAGGCGCUGAAGCACCAGGGAUAUAACACAAAAUCUGACAUUUGGUCUCUGGGAUGCAUUUUAUAUGAGAUGUGCUGUAUGAACCAUGCAUUUAGUGGCCACAAUUUUUUGUCUGUGGUAUUAAAAAUUGUAGAAGGUGACACACCUUCUCUUCCUGACAGAUAUCCAAGGAAACUGAAUGCUGUGCUGAAUAGCAUGCUAAGUAAGAAUCCUUCCAUGAGACCAGCAGCAGCAGAGAUUCUAAAAAUCCCUUAUAUUGAUGAACAACUGAAGAAUAUGCAAUACAAAGUCACACAUAUGGCUGUGGAAAAUGAAGCCCUUCACUGGCAGAAAGAAGCCGCUCACAUUGUUGAUGCUGUGCAGAGGAAAGUCCAUUUGCAAACGCUGCGGGAGCGCUCGGAAGUGCAGAGGAUGACGCCGCGGGAGCGAAUGCGGCUGAGGAAGUUAAACGCCGCGGACGAGAAAGCGAGGAAGCUCAAGCAAUUGGCAGAAGAAAAAUACCAAGAAAAUAUGAAAAGAAUGCAAGAGUUCAGGUCCCGUCAUUUUCAGCAGCUGAAUGUCAAUGUUCUACAC